UCACAGCUCCGAACUACCCGCCAACCCAUCCACGCACCAAUUGUGCUAUCAAUGUCUGUGACUAGAAAAUUUAUUCGUCCCUUUAUUCUCCGAAACUCCUUGAAUCGUCUUCUCGCUUCGGCAACCCGCAAGAUGCAUAUCCAAUCCAUCCCCAUGUGGGUUGGUACCAGCAACAACUAUGCCUACCUGGUUGUUGACGACAAGUCCAAGGAGGCCGUUAUCAUCGACCCCGCCAACCCACCAGAAGUUGCUCCCAUUAUCAGAGAAGCUGUAGAGUCUGGCAAAAUCAACUUUACCAGCAUUGUCAACACACAUUAUCAUUGGGACCAUGCUGGCGGCAACAAGAAGCUUCUGGCUGAGCUGGGAGACCCAAAGGUAGAAAUCAUCGGCGGCAAGGAUUGCGAGGGCGUCACAAAGACACCUGGUCACACAGAGACUUUCAAGAUUGGCGACAUCAACGUCCGUGCCGUGCACACGCCUUGCCAUACACAGGACAGCAUUUGCUACUACAUGGAGGAUAGCACUGGCAAAGCCGUAUUUACCGGCGACACACUCUUCAUUAGCGGUUGCGGCCGUUUCUUCGAAGGCACCGCCGAGCAGAUGCACGAGGCUCUGAACAAGCGCCUGGCCUCUCUUCCGGAUGAUACCGUUGUCUACCCUGGCCACGAGUAUACCAAGGCGAAUGUCAAGUUUACCAUUUCCGUCUCGCAGUCCGAGCCCAUCCAGAAGCUGCAGGCCUUUGCCGACGCCAAUGAGGUGACGACUGGCAAGUUUACCAUUGGCGAUGAAAAGCAACACAAUGUCUUUAUGCGUGUAGACGACCCCAUCGUGCAAAAGGCCACUGGCGAGACAGAUCCCGUCAGCGUCAUGGCCAAGCUGCGCGAGAUGAAGAACAACUUCAAGUGAGCGCUCCAGCCGCGAGGCAAACAGACGUACGUUCCUAGUUAACGGGGCGCAGGGAACCCGUCUCCAAGAUGUAGAUUAUUGUAUGCCACGGGGAGUUACUGGAGUUGCGGCAUUCAUGAAAAGUAGAAUGAAUAUAAAAUAAAAUAUUGUGCUUACAACUCAUCCAUCAUAUUCACAUUUGAUACACGUCGAAAAGAAAAGGGUAUGUCUCCGUGAGCCGCUAGACACCUCGUGCGAGGCACCGUUUGCGACAGCCCGGAAGAGAAGACGAGUUUGAAGGAACUGUCUUUUCCGUUUUUCACUUUUGCUUCACUGUCCACACUUGCUCGCCCUGGGGUUGUAAUUGAGGCGGUAAGCUCUAGCUAUUUUAGAAGCGGAAAACAUGUCACGUCACGAACAAACAUAAAAGAAAGAUGCGCCGAUGAAACAAACCUGUUUGAACGGCCGUUUGCUAAAUGAAUAGGCUGAGCUUCUUUGUCUGUACCCAAAGAACGAUCUGCCCACGCAAAGCGGCCGCCGUCUCUGCAUCUCGUUGCAUC